AUGCAUUCCACGUUCUCUCCUGUACUGGACCUGGAAUUCCGGCAUGGAGGAGGAGGAGCACACAAGGAGCCAACUGAGCUGAUUGAUGGAAAGCGGAGCAGGAAGCCAGCGGGAUUUCAUGCCAGCAGAUCGGCAGCCAGGAAGCUCGACCGUCAUGUCCCAAGGAGUCGAUCAGCGGCAGAAAUGCGCUCGUGCAACAUCGCGGUCCAUGGGUGCUCGUACGUGAAGACGGAGGAACCCUCCUCCCUCUCCUCCGCUCCCCUUGCGACGUGGGAACGGCUGAAGGAGGCGCUGCAUGCGCACGACGUGGACGACUGUGGGCUGAUCAGGAGUGAGACCUUCAUCAGGGUGCUAGAAGAGAUGGACCUUGGGUUGACGGAGACAGAGAACGAGGAACUGAAGCAGAAGUACAGGAGGGGAGAUGAAAUCUUGUAUAGAGACUUUCUGGACAACAUCAGCGCCAUACUGCACAAGGAGGCCCAGCAUGUAGGCUUGCAACAGAAGUCCGGCAUCAGAAAGAGCGUUCCAAAGAUCCUUUCCAAGUCGACGCAGAGGAAUUCACGGGGAACGAUAUUGAGGCAGGAGACGCUGAGCUCGGAAGACAGCAUGCUGAUCGCGAUACGAGAGAAGAUCUUGGUUGCCUGGAACAAGUGGAAGGUGGAGAAUGAGAGCAGACAUAAAGGGUUCUCAAGGAUGAUAAGCUUCAAGAAGGAUCACUUGACUGCUCCCACCCGCGUCGAUCCCUCGGUGAAUCCCCAGCACAAGAUCUCGGAGGACGAUCUCAGCCUCCAGCUCUCCAUGCAGAGACUUUUCCAGACUUUUCAGUCGAUCCUGACAGCCUCGGAGUUCGAGCGGAUCUUCCACCAGUACGAGCAAUGCAACCUCCUCGCUGCCGGCGCGAGCGAUCGGCAGACCUGGAGUCAGUUCCUCCUGGACUUUAUCAUGCAGAAACCCAGCAGCAAGAGGGACAACAACAACGUCCUUCCCCUCAUGCAGACCCUCCGGUCACAGUCGGUGCCUCUCCUUGCCAGGAGGACGAAGGCGAGAGAGACUGAGGAAGCGCUCAAGAACAGCCGAUGGCGGCCGGCAAGCGUAGCCGACAUGGCCGAUGUCGCUGCGGUUUCCACGCCCAAUCUUCCUCCUCCCAGUGCCGCAUGGCGCGGAAAAGUUCGACUGAUGUAG